AUGUCGGCGGUCGCAGGGACCCAGCCAUGGCAUGUGGAAUGGCAGCUCGUUCGAGGGUCGCUGCCUGAAGAGGGCGAUACAACUUCACUUGCAUACCAGGUGGCGACCGGCGAGUUGGAAAGCGUGCUGCGCUCUGCCGACGCUCGUCGCUUCUUGCAACCGGUGGCACAAUGCAUGCAGGCUGUGAACCCGCGUGUGCGUGCAGCGGAGCGUGCACAACAUGUAUCUCUCCAUGUGGCAGGGCACGAGUGGGAGGCUCUAUGUGUGGCCAUAGCCGCGCUACAUGCGUUUGUGCAGCUGAAUUGGACUGGCCCUGACCUGGCAGUAAGCCCUAUGGCGCUCCUACGCUCGGCGGCACCUGACUGCUUUGAGGCGCGCAGUGUCGAUGACGACGAUAGUGUGUGGGAUGGGAUUGUUCAUGCCUCGAGCCUCGAGUACCUGACGCUGCAUGGAGAGCCGGCGUACCACCUAUGUGAGGCGCCCUUCUACCUUGUGCUAUCGUUGCUCCUGCUGCAAGCGUUGCAUGAAGCACAUGUUGGAGAUGCACUCCCGUCCCUGGCUUUAUGGCGUCUGCGUGCGCGCGCCGUCCACAUGCGCAUCCUCGAUGAGCCUGUGGCGUGUGAGGACAAGCUGCUCGCGCCGGUCGAUGCCCUUGUCCAGGCGCUCGAGACGCAUGCCCGGACGGCCUCGGACACCCGCGUGCAGUUUCUGUGGGACAAUAUCCGUGCACGCGCGAUGCUUGAGACGGCACUCAUGUACCAGCGUACGGGCCAGGACCGUCUGGCGUCUGAGCGCCUGGUCCAAGCUGCCAAGGCGAAUGGGCUCGAGUACGAGCUGAGCGGUGCGCUGGGCAAGCGGACCAAGUGGCAAAAGGAGGCCAAGACGCAGCUUGUGCUGCUCGCCGAGUCGCGUGAGGCAGGUGCGGACAAGGCCGAGGACCACGAUACCCCUGCGCCGAGCGCCGCGCUCGCGGCACUUGCGCAGCCAGAGAACUCGGGCUGGCAGGCGACGGUUGACCCAGCGAAGCAGGUGGACCACCAGCCGCUGACGUACUCGCUGAAUGACGACACGCUUCUGGAGCAGACCGAGUUUACUUCGACGCAGGCGUCGGAUCACACCGCCAGGCACCGUCUGGGCCACUUGGAUCCUGGGCACCAGCCCCCGCUGGCCGUCACGGACCAGUGCACACUGCUAGCGCUGUGCCUGAAUAUCCACAACACGCAGGCGUCGCAUGGGCUUACGUCGGAGCAAAUGUCAGCGUUCGUGGAGCGCGUGAUGGCGCAUCCCCAGAAUUGGAGUGUGCACACAAUGAGUCUGCUCCUGCGCUCGCGUCUAGAGGCCACGCGUACGCGCACUGUUGAGCGCAGUGCACUGCAGCUGCAGGCGCUUGUGGAUCAGAUGCCCACAAACGACUCGAGUGUGCGGGAGCGUCUGCGCUUUUUCCAUGCUUUGGAGCUGCCGGCCAAGUGGGCGAUGCAGGCCGAGCUCGCGCGCCGCUUCCUGUCGAUGGGCGUUCUGCGCAGCGCGCUGGAGGUAUUUGAGCGCGUGGAAAUGUGGGAAGAGGUCGUGCAGUGCCUCGGGCUGCUGGGCCGCCAGGAGGAGGGCAAGGAGGUGGUGCGCGAUCUGCUUGCCGGACACAAGACCGAGGCACAGGCGCGCCUGCAGGAAAAGCGCAUUGCAACCGAGGCGAGCCAUGUGCCGCACACGCACUUCGUGCGGGGCCGCCUCGCCAAGCUGUGGUGCCUGCUGGGCGACAUGGAGCCGGCGAACGCCGAGGCGCACUAUCUACACGCGUGGGACGUGUCGAGCGGCACGUCAUCGCGGGCAGCACGCUCGCUGGGCGGGUACCACUUUGCCCUCCGUGCGUAUGCGCAAUCGAGCAUGUGGCUGCGGCGCGCCGUGCGCAUCAAUGCGCUGUACCCACGCACCUGGUUCAUGCUGGGCUGCAGCUACAUGCGCCUGGAGCGGUGGCUUGAAGCUGCAGCCUCGUUUCGCCAGUGCACGGCACUCGAGGAGGAGGACGGCGAGAGUUGGAACAACUUGGCGAGCUGCUACUUGCGCAUGCAGGACGCGCAAGUUCCCCGUCUCGAUACAGUGCUGAAUGAGGACGAGGAGGACAGUCUCCAUGCAGGCGCGAGCGACUCGGGCGUCUCGCUCGGGUCCGACGAGGCGUCCGAGCCAGUGGCAGCGCCUGGUACCGGCUUCGAACUCCGCCUGCUCGCACACAAGGCGCUGGGGAUCGCGCUCAAGUUCCAGUUCGAGUCGUGGCGCGUGUGGACCAACUACAUGGUGGUCUCGGUGGACGUGGGUCUGCUGCGCGAGGCGGCACGCGCACUGGCGCGUAUUGUCGAGAUCCGGACGCGCGAGUCUAGUCAGAGUGCGCAGCCCACGCAGACGGCUGCCUCGAUCGUGGAUAUGGCCGUGCUGAACAGGCUGGUGGACGCGGUGAUCCGCGCGCCGGCCGCCGAAGCGGAUGCGUCAGGGUCUUCGGUGCGCCGUGCAAACGAGGGCGAAGGCCUGCGCCCCGUCGUGGAGCGCCUGUUUGUGGAUACGCUGCUUCCCCGCUUCUCGUCCGAGCCGGCCUUGUGGCAGGCGUACGCGCGGCUCCUCUUUGCGCAAGGCGAGUUCCGCGCGAUGCUCCAUGCGCGCAUACGGAGCUUCCAGUGUGGCCUGGGUAGUCCGGACGCAUCGGAGGUCGUGACGGACCGCGCCCUGUGGAUCCGUGCCAAAGACGAGCUGCAGGAGCUGUGUGAUCUGCUGGAGAACCUCGCGACGCGCCCUGCAUCGCCGAAUUCGACGGAGGAAGCGCUCCCCGACUGGCGCUUCCGUGCGCGCACUCUCGUGCGCACUUUCAUGGCGCGCACGCGCGAUAGCUUCGACACGGACCCUGCGUGGGACGAGCUCGCGGAGCUCGCCGCGGCGCUGCAGCGCCGCUCGUAG